GAGAAGGAUUUAAAAAAAUGAAUACUAUGCACUUGAAAUCAGACAAUCAAGGCCACGCCUGUCAAGCAGUCGACUAUAGAUAGUGUAAUUCACACGAAAAGAUUGACAACACAAUUUCACGAUAUUCAAGUUUGUUAAGGAGAAUCAAGACGCGCAGAUCAUGUGGAAUUGCACCCGGUCAAUGCUGCAGCUGCGCAUGCUGCGCCUUAUGCUGCUGUUAUCGGUUGCAUCAAUUGGCUGGUUUGAUCUUGCUACAGCCUCCACGCACGAUGUUUACAACGGAGCGCGACCGGGACAUCGGAUCGUGCAGACCCGAUAUGGGCGCUUACAUGGAAUGAUUCUACCGUUGGAUAACUUUCGCUAUUUACGAUCAGUUGAAGUGUUCCUGGGCGUGCCUUAUGCCACGCCUCCGAUCAAACAAAACCGCUUUAGUCCAACUCGUGCUCCAGCACCGUGGGACGGAAUACGUAUCUCUGAUAAAUACAGUCCGGUUUGCCCGCAACGGUUGCCCAAUAUACAAAAUGAGACCGCCGCCUUGGAGAAGAUGCCUAAGGGACGCUUGGAAUACCUGAAAAGGCUGCUGCCAUUUUUAGAAAAUCAAUCCGAAGAUUGCCUAUACCUCAAUAUAUUUUCGCCUGUUAAUGCAGCUGGCGCCAAUGAGAAGAAGCUGCCCGUAAUUGUGUUCAUACACGGCGAAUCAUUCGAGUGGAGCAGUGGGAAUCCCUACGAUGGCAGCGUACUGGCCAGCUAUGGCGAAGUGGUGGUCGUGACGCUUAAUUACCGACUCGGAAUACUGGGCUUUCUCAAUGCGAAUCCCAGUCCGCAUGUUCAUGCACGUGUUGCUAAUUAUGGGCUCAUGGACCAGAUGGCAGCGCUCCAUUGGAUUCAGCAGAACAUACAAAAGUUUGGCGGCGAUCCCAAUGUUGUUACCCUCGCAGGUCACGGAACGGGCGCCGCGUGCAUCAAUUAUCUGAUGACCUCGCCCACAAUGGUGCGCGGACUCUUCCAUCGCGCCAUACUGAUGUCUGGAUCGGCGUACUCAUCGUGGGCUCUCGUCGAGGAUCCAGUCCUGUUUGCCAUUAAGCUGGCUAAAGAGGUUAACUGCACCAUUCCCGAGGACCUGAACAGGCAUCACGAGCAGAUUGUCGACUGCCUUCGGGAUGUGCCACUGGAGGAUUUAUAUGCCGCCGAUAUACAGGCACCCAACUUCCUAACAUCGUUUGGCCCAUCCGUUGAUGGCGUUGUCAUACGACCCGGACAUUCCAAUCUCGAUAUUGAUGAUUUAAUGACGCGCAACUCGAAGCGCUCAGCAGGCGAUGCUGGUGCCCAGUCAGCCGGUGGCAAUGGCGGCGGAUCCGGCGCUGGUGGCUCCGCUUUCAGCGGUGGCUCCGGCUACUUUGGAGGAGGCGCGGCCUCGGCCAACAUUGGUGGCCAUUAUGAUGUGCUCUUCGGCGUUGUUACGGGCGAAUCCAUUUGGCGCUUCAGCGCUCAUGACAUACAGAAUGGCUUCGAGGGCGAGAGACGAGAUAAAAUUAUACGCACGUAUGUGCGCAACGCUUACAACUACCAUCUCAAUGAGAUAUUCUAUACGAUUGUCAACGAGUACACGGACUGGGAUCGCACUUCACAGCAUCCGAUUAACACGCGCGAUACGGCUGUUGCCGCGUUAUCCGAUGCCCAGUUCGUGGCGCCCAUAGUGCGCACUGGAGACAUAUUGGCGGCCAAUUCGCCGCCACCGGUGAGCUCGGCGACGCCCAGUGGAGCAGCGAGUGCCGCCGCUUCUACCUUGGCGGCGUCUACGCAGCCCGCGGGCCGCUGCUACUUCUAUGUGUUCGACUAUCAGACCAAGGAUGGGGACUAUCCCCAGCGCAUGGGCACGGUGCAUGGCGAGGACCUGCCUUACAUAUUCGGUGCACCGCUCGUCGAUGGCUUCAGCCACUUUCCGCAAAACUACACCAAGUCCGAGACGGCGCUGUCAGAGGCCGUCAUGAUAUACUGGACGAAUUUUGCGCGCACCGGCAACCCGAACGAACAUCAUCGCCAGGACUCUGUGCUGCCCGUCUCAAAGGAACGCAAUCGCUUUCGCAGCAUCACUUGGGAGAACUAUGAUCCAUUGCAUCAAAAGUAUUUGGAAAUAGGCAUGAAGCCGCGCAUUAAGAAUCACUUUCGGGCUCACCAACUCUCGAUUUGGCUGCGCCUGAUACCCGAACUCCAUCGAGCUGGCAUGGAAGAUGUGAUAGCCCGGCACAAUCUGUUUCGCAAUCACGACGAUAUGGAAUUGUACGAGGGACCCGUUAAGCCAGAUCCAUUUGGUCUCUCAGCAGGCACAGCAACAUCAUCGUCCUCCCCGGGCUCCUCGUCGUCCUCCUCGUCGCGCCUGCUGCUUAUCGACGAGCAAUUGAUGAUGAAGAAGGGACGCGGCCUAAAUGCCUCGACCUAUCUGAAUGGCAUAUUGGGGGUUACGACCGUUGAGCCGAACAACAUGUAUACAACGUGUAUACCAAUUGGCGGCAACUACACGGGCAGUGGAGGCGGAGGCGUAUAUGCACCGACAACACUUGCGAACGCCUCAACGGAGACCGUGGCAUCCGGUUUCGAGGCAGCCGGGUAUGCGGCGUAUUCGACGGCGCUGAGCGUAACGAUUGCCAUCGGGUGCAGCCUGCUCAUAUUGAAUGUGCUGAUAUUUGCGGGCGUGUACUACCAGCGCGACAAGACGCGGCUGGAGGUAAAGACGUUGCAGAAGCAGUAUCAACAGCGCAGCAUGCAUCAGCAGGUACCAUAUCCGCCGGAGCCCAUCAAGCAUGCCCACUAUCACAUGGGCCACUCGCAGAGCGCCAAUGUGAUUGUGGAUGUCGAGAGCCAUGGCCAGGAUCAGAGUGGCCAGGCGGCCAUGCUGUUGCAGGCGGCCGCCGCUGCCGCCGCAGCAGCCAACGAGGCAUCCAAGCCACCGCCGCCACAUAUAUGCGCCAACACGGGCUUGCAAACACAGCAGCAGCAGCAGCAGCAGCAACAGCAGCAACAACAACAACAGCAAGCACAACAGGCAGGCGGCAGUGGAAGCAUGCUGAAUAAUAUGGCCAUGGAUGGCGCUAAGCCCUCGGAUAACUUGGCCAAUGUCACCUACAGCACCAGCACCAAACAGCAACAGCAACAUCAGCAGCAGCAACAGCAACAGCAGCGCGAGCAUAUGCAAAUCAAGAGCAUGGGCGGUGGUGGAGGCACCCAGACCUUUGGUCGCGGCAGCGGCUCAGGCAGUGGUGCUGGCGGUGCGGCUGGCAACAACAGCAAUGUGACUGGCACAGCGGUGGGUGUCGGUGUCGGUGGUGGCGCCUCUGUUGUUGUGUCAGGCAGCAGCGUUAGCUACAAUCCCGGCCUAAUGACUUUGCCCAAGGCAAGCCAAUUGCACCAUUCCGGAGCUCUGAAUUAUGCACGCAACAAUACAGCUGCCUUAAAUUUGGCAGGCGGCGGCACCGCCCUGGUGGAUAGCCGCGGCAAUGUCCUCCUCACUUCCAGCACUGGUGGCGCCCCUACCGACUGCAUGACACUGCCACGCAAUCUCAAUCGACACAAUCCAACGACAGGUGAGUUCUGCACUAACUUAUUUGUGAAGCCC